UGUACAACAAAGCAACAAACAACACCGCCAUCCAUCGGAGCCACUGAUCUCCGCUCCCCGGGAGUUGCAAGAUUGCCCAACUCGUGCUUCAGCAACGCGACGUCGACUCUGUGAUUUUCACGAGGGUUCCAAGGAACUUCAUCUUCUUCCCUCCUCCUGUCUAUUUCUCUACUCCUUUUUCUUUCUUCCUCUCCCCCCUCUCUCUCCCGGGCUCUCCAUGCCCAGCUGGCUCCGCUGCCCGCGCCUUUAGCCUCCGUGACACAGCUCCAGCUCUCAACCAUGCCGAUCCGUCCAUUGGAUGAAUGGGCCGCUGCCCGUACUCAGUCCCUCCCCCUCUCCGCCCUCAAAGGGGCUGUCGUCGGUAUCGAUGCGUCGCACUACAUCUCCCAACACCUCCUCCACCAUUCAACCCGGGAGCCUCUCCUGGUCGCAUUGGGCGGUUUCCCAUUCGCACUGAAGAGCAACAUUGAGAAAGAACUGCAGGCUUUCAAGAACUUGGGCGUGGCUUGUGUUUUCGUCUUCAAUGGCCUCGACUUUGGCAAAAAGAACCAACGACCCCACCUGCAGCAGCCCGAAUCAGUACGGGCCUUUGAGCAAGCUUGGGACCUCUACGAUCAACAACAGGCAGACCGGGUGGUGGAUGCAUUCAGCGGCGCUGGCACUCCGCGGCCAGAGUCUCUCUACCGGUUCUUGCAGCGUAUCCUUCACCAGAAUGGCGUCGAUUCUAUUGUGGCUCCCUAUAGCGCCGCAGCCCAGCUGUCCUACCUCACCAAAGGCCCGAACCCUCUGAUCGAUGCUGUCUUCGGACCGUCUGAAGCUCUGUUGUUUGACAUUGAUAAGUUGAUCACUCGCAUUGACAUCGAACCCGCGCAGUUCUUCUGGAUUACAAAACAGACCUGUCUGGAGGAGUUGGGUAGACUAUCGAAUGAGCAAUUCGUGGAAUUCGGCUUGCUUCUCGGCUCCUCGUUCUUGAGCUCUUUCCCACCUUUCGACAACCCAGCUUUCCCUGGAAAGGGACCGAACAUUCGCGAUGCCUUGCCAAUGUUCAACGCCGCUGGAAGAAACGCUCUGGCCCUGUGCGCUCAGUUUGAAGAGGACCGUCGCAUGCAGGACCUCCAAUACUCGGAUCGUUACAAGCGGGCGUUUAUGACUGUGAUGCACCAUGUUUUCAUUGAUGUGGACGGAAAAGUUGGUCCCAUGGAUGCAGAACACACCUCUUCUGACAUGCAUGAACUUAUCGGCCAACGACUCCCGGAAGAGCUCUACUUCUAUCUGUCCAAGGGAGUUCUGGGAUCGGACGUUCCUAACUAUCUCACAUCUGGUGAAGUCCUGAUUUCCUUGCCUCUGGGUUCGGAAGACACGGAGAUCUAUCGUCAAAUCGCAGGCGACUCUCUCACACCCAUUCGGACCCAGUCUAUCUGUCUGCUUUCGAACUCCCUCCACAGGUUCUACCAGACCAAGGUGAUCAACGUGCGCACUUGGUUUGAUGAAAAGUCAGACAAAUCAAUCAACCUCAAAACCCUCCCUUCCGUAAAAGAAACCAUCCAAUCUUGGAAGAUCAACUCUGGGGCUCUUCCAGAGGGAAUCAAGAAGCUGCAGGAAUCCUGUGGACCAUUUAAGUUUGCCGUCCAGAGUUUGAAGGAUACGGACUUUGUAUCCAAAUCUUUUGCUGGAAAAGACUCUCCCAUAUUAUCUUCACAGGAUGAAAUCUUGUCCAACGUUUUCUGGCGAUUCCUACAACUUCGGGGUUACAUUAACGAGAAGCAUCAGCUUACCCAGUGGGGUGUAUGCCUCGAGCAAGCACUCUCUGUCUUAGACCCGGCCGAUGGACUCGAAGAAGCUACUUUCCUCGCCAUUGAGAUGCUCCGCUUCGGACUUCUCAAUUCCAAGCAGUGGUUCUCUCACGUCUCGGGGGGUCCGAUGAGAGGAUCUGAUGAGGAUAAGAGCUUCAACAUGCUGGUCUCACGCGUCGCCUGUAUUGGCAAGUUACAACACAAGAGCAUCGGAUACUCCGGUCCCCUCAGCAGACAGCUGCUCUGCUACCGUUCUUUGAUAUCUGAAGUCCGCUCUACACUACGAAACCUGAUCGAAGUGGUCCUGGCUGGACUUCUCCUCAGUGGUGAAGUAGAGAGAGACCGAAAGGACUGGAGCGAGUUGAGUGCUAAACUUCCGUUUAUCGACGACCAUGACUGCGGUCUGGGAAUUGCCGUGCGCACAUAUCUCGAUGACCUGCCUCUCCAGGCUAACCCAACCUCGCCAGAGGCGCGAGCAGAGGUGAAGACCAAGGGCAAGGAUUGGUUCCAACACAGCGAUAGCUUUACUGGCAACCUCGACAUGGCAUUCAAGCUUUGGGAUGCGGUGAGUUCUUCCAGACGACCUUCACGAUACAUAUACUGAUGCUUAUUCCGUCUCAGGUCUACAAGGGAACGCAGAAUGCUGGAAAAGAGGUCAAGGAUAUUAAAAUGUGGGACACCACUAACAGCUGGUUGACUGAGAGACGGUAGUGGCAGUGACGACAAGCUCAAUCUACGAAAGAUCGCCGUGUCAGCGGUGGUGAAGCACAAGUCCACCUGGCCGUUCGGCAACUUUUACAUGAACCUGUAUCAGUAGGAAUGACAAGGGGACCGAUGAGAUACCUUCUAGCCAUCCUUGGUUUUUAAUAUCGUAAAUGUCGAUGGUUGGUGUAGCAAUUCCGUCUAGAAUAUAGAUACCAAGUGUCCUCUUCGGACCCGCUGAUAAAUCCGCCUUAAUCGCCGACGAUCACCGGAGCUCUUGUGGCGGCU